UGGGCAGCCGAGGACAAUCUUCGAGAGCGAGCGAGCGAACACAAAAAUUAGUCACUGGAACUAAAUCGCAAACAGCCGUUUGGGUCGACCCUGACGAGCCAACUCGGACGGUGUCUGCUUAUAUAUAUAGUUCUGUAUGUGCAGCAUCUAGACAUAUAUAUUAACAUUUGGAAGGUAGCACGUAUAUUAGUAAAUAAGCAAAACCUGUCAGGGCUGAGUGUUCGUUUUUUGAAGUAAGUUUAAAAAUGUUGGGGCAGUCAAGUGUGAGUCAGCGUGCCGGCUUUCGGAGCUCACCAUGUUUUUCCGCUUAGCGAGUAAUCGCUUAUUCAGAGAGCGCGAUGAAUUAGUCCGCGGAAUGUACGUGACAUAGGCAAAGAAACAUAUUGUUGUAUAAUCGAGAUUAUAUAUAUUUUUAAAAUCGCACGCUCAAGAAAAAUAUUCCGGGAAAGGGGGAGAUUCAUAGUGUACUACUACAUCGCUCGUACAAAUAAUACAUACGUCGACGUUAUACUGCUGCUGCUGCUCAAGGGAAGGCGACACCGCGCACAGGAGCAGCGGGGGAAGGAAACGCGAACACCCCACCCGAGCUAUGGACCACGGGUUCGCAUCUCCACCCCGGUGCAUCGCCGACCUCGUCGUCACGGUCAUCAUCUCCGUGCUCGUCGCCGCCGGCUUCGGCUACGUUCCUCUGGCCGGUGCCUCGGCCUCGUGGUGGUCGUUGGGUGCCGUACCCGUGCAGAGGCCCGAGAUGUACCUGCUGGGCGCGCAGCCGCUGUGCGCCUCGCUGCCGGGUCUCUCCCCCGGGCAGCGCAAGCUCUGCUCCCUCUACCAGGACCACGUGGCGCACGUGGCGGCCGGGGCGCGGCUUGCCGAGCGCGAGUGCCAGCACCAGUUCCGCGCCAGGCGCUGGAACUGCAGCGCCGGGGAGGGCGAGCACGCAUACGGCAGGGUCACCGACACGGGCUCUCGCGAGGCCGCUUUCGUCUUCGCCGUGUCUGCCGCGGGCGUGACGCACGCGGUGUCGCGCGCGUGCCGCGAGGGGGACCUGGCCACGUGCGGAUGCAGCCGGGCGCCGCGUCCGCGCGCCCUGCAGCGCGACUGGCUGUGGGGCGGCUGCGGCGACAACACCGAGUACGGCUACCGCUUCGCCAGGGAGUUCGUGGACGCCAGAGAGCGAGAGGACAGGGGAGCCGCAGAGCCGCGCCGGGCGCUCAUGAACCUGCACAACAACGAGGCGGGACGUCGGGCCGUGUUCAACUCGGCCGAGGUGGCGUGCAAGUGCCACGGCGUGUCGGGCUCGUGCUCGCUCAAGACGUGCUGGCUCCAGCUCGCCGACUUCCGCAAGGUGGGCGACUCGCUGCUGCGGCGCUACGAGCGAGCGGUCGCGGUGCGCGCCACGCGGCGCGGCCGCCUCGAGCCGAGCGGACCCAACAAAGCGCCCCCGCCGGCCCCGCCGGUACCCCCUUCCCCCCUCGGGGGGCCUCUGCCGCCGUCGGGGGCAGGAGGUGGAGGAGGAGGCGGCCAGCAGGGCGUGGGUACUGCUGCGGCUGCUGCUGCCGCCUCGGCGCUGGCGGAGGACGAUCUGGCGUACCUGGAGGCGAGCCCCGACUACUGCGCGCGUAACGGCAGCACGGGCUCGCUGGGCACGGCGGGGCGGCUGUGCGAGCGCGCGAGCACGGGGCCGUCGGGCUGCGAGCUGCUGUGUUGCGGCCGGGGCUACGACCACUACAAGGCGACCGUGGUGGAGCGGUGCCAGUGCAAGUUCCACUGGUGCUGCUACGUCAAGUGCAGGAAGUGCUCGCGCACUGUGGACCAGUACGUCUGCAAGUGAUUGGGCGGAGGGGGGGGUGCUGGUGGUGGCGUUUGCGGCAGCGUAGCGGUGAGCGCGCCGCGCUACUGAACCCCUGCCAGCCGAGUUCGAGUCCCGCUCACGGCCACCAACACCGGUGAUGAUUAUCUGAACCGGUCCUGGGCCCACCCCUAGGUCGACUCGGCCUCCAAUGAGUACCUGGUGCGAUGUGUAAAAAUAACGGCACCGGGGAGACAAAGGCGACCGGCACGUGGCGCUGACCACCAACCCCCACGUGUGCCAUGCCGGCAUUCAUAGGUGCUCGCUAACAGCACUUGCCCCAACAUUCUGUUCAGGCUACUCGGGUGAUCUUCGUCUUUGCUGUUGACGGCGUCGGGGAACGGUGGCGGGAUGGGCUGUCCCCCCACCUUGCCCCCCCCCAACCCCCUCUCCCGCUGAUGAGAUGAAGAUUGACGUGGAGAAGAGAAGAACAGGCUUGCAUACGCAUGGAUCGUGGUUAUCGCCUCUCGUCUUGCGUGCGUCCGUGCGUGCGUUUUCUUCCUCUCGGUCUUCGGGAAGUAUUUAAUUAGCAGUGAAGGAGGGAAGCUGGGCGUGCGUUGGCGUGUUCACAAAUGGACCCCUUCUGCUGCUGCUCGCUGUGUGUUUGUACGUGAUAAAUGUGGCCGUUAAAAUAAUAAUACCGACGGAACUUUACACUAAAGUUCUGUUGAUAUCGCAUCGACGCUGCGAGCGUUAUCGUGAACCCACGACGGACAGAUGAACAGAAUUAUAAUUUGUGGACACUUUCAGACGGCGAUGACGAUGAUGAUGACGAUGAAUUAUUUAGUAAAUUUGCUAUCAGCUCUCUUCUUACAGCGCCGGGCUAUGUAUGCACCUAUUGUUGAACUUCCUUUGCACCGUACAUAGGCAACAAACUAAACAAAAUCAUCACGAGAAGAAGACGCUGCUUGCGUUUGCCACAUAACGGAUAGAGUCUGUCAGAAGGGAAGGGAGGGGGGCGAUGCUGUCGCUGCAAUUUUUUUUAUUCAAUUCAGUAACUUUGCUGAUCAUCUUUUUCUAAAAUUCGGUCAAAUUUUGGGCCCCGGCACCAGCAACACGCAGCCCCCCCCUCAACCAACGCCGUGCCGAAUUGUACACGCGGAGAGAGUUUCAUGAACGUUCGCGAAGUCCUCCUUGCACACGUGGCAGCGGUGUACUGAUGAGCUCCCAAUAAGGGAGACACCGGCACACACAGUGCCGUUUAUUUAUCAUUCUUCUGCCAACAUUUAAAUAUAUGUGCACAAAAAAAACAAUGCCAUAUUUAUCGGCUCUUUUAGAGCUCGUGGCUGCCGUGAUUAAAUAAUAAUGUGGGGGGGGGGGGGGGGGGUGAUGGCAUGUUGACAUGCAAAGUGAGGCUGAGAUUGCUUUGCUGUUGGAAAACCUUUUGUCGCAUGCAAUAAUAAUACUUUCAUUUUAUACAGCGUCAUUCAUGCCAACAGCAUCCCACAACGCUCUACAUAAAUUAUACACAACGACCAAAUCCUACGUACGUGCGGUUGGCUAGGUAUGGCGUGAAAGAAGCACAAUGCGCACGCACACACACAUUUACCAAGCAAAUUUAAAUCCCUACUACCAAGCGAAAAAAAAAGUUAAUAAGCGGCACAAAACCAAAAAAACACAUUUUUUUGUCACUAUUAUUAAUAAUUAUAAUGUAUAAUCAUAUAUUGUACUGUAUAACGAAGCAACAGCAGUGUCGGUCUCAUGCAACUCGCUUGCUUUCUCACGCAGUUGCGCGCUUUGUGCUACCAUAACGAACGCAGCUCAUGUUACGAUAGAUUUUUAUCUAAAUAAUUAUCGAUUUUUCUGGCUCGUUUAUCAUUAGGACUAUAGAAUACAGCGUCGAGCAAGACACCGAAUAAUAGCCAUCAUCAUUAGCAUAAUUAUAAUCCAUGGUCAAUCCACUGCUGGAUGAAGGCCUCCACAAUCUGCCUCCAGUUGUCACGGAACUGCAAUGUGACAAUCUCCACAGACUAACAGAGUGGUGCAGCAUCGCUGUGAUGCUGGUGCUGGGCCUCCCCUAGGUCAACUCAGCCUCAAACUAGUACCUGGUGCGAUGUGUAAACAUCGGCACUAGGGAGAAAAAAGGCGGCCGGGCGUGGUGGUGGCCACCCACCCCCUCGCGUGCCGUGCCGGCCUUCAUAGGUGCUCGCUAACAGCACUUGCCCCAACAGCCUGUUAAGGCUAUACGGGGGAUCUUUGUCUUUGGUGAUGCCUCCUCCCUUCGUAUUUGUGAAUCGAGGCACCGAGUCUGCGUUCCGCGCGCCGUGGUUCACUUCUGGGUGUUGAUCACAGUCACCGCACACUUGCCGGAGAGAGUUUUUAAUUUUCCAUUCGAGCAGCAUCAUCAUCCCCUGAAAUCCGCCGCUUACAAAAUUAGAAUCAAGAAGAACCCUGAAUGCAUUGAGACAACACAAAACAUCAUUGAUGAACGUUCACAGAUUACAACCUGCAAUCUUAACAACAGCGUGCUAAAUUCAUUUCAAAACAGAGUGCAUGAAUCACGCUAUUAAUGUUACUGGAAGUCAGUUUGACCAUUUGUUAAAAUACAUUCAAUAGCAGGACACGAUUUGUUAAAAUAAAUGUACCAACCCGAUGUGUCCUGACUUUUGGGCCACCCUGUAUAUACCGAGGUAAUCAACAGACACAAACAAUCCGCCUAUGCAUUCAUGCAUUAGGCAGAAGGCUGCACGUGCAAUGGACGGACUCGCUUCCUCCACCCUGCCCCCCCCCCCGCCCACUAUGGAGGAACGUGGAAUUUCCACCGACAAGCCCGAGUCUCUGCAGGGCUGCCACGUCGCGCGGGGAACCGUGGCGGAGAGCGAGCGGUGAGGCCGACGGGGCCAAGUUCAGAGAGGCUAAGACUUCCUCGCGGACACGGCCACGACACCGAGCUGUCGCCUCCUUCCUUCUGCCGGAUCGCUCGCAAGUCGCAAUAGUCGACGUCUGACUUGGUUUUUUUUUUGCUGCGUUGCAUCGAAAGCUGUGCAACAUCUCUCUCUCUAUAUAUAUACUCUUUGGUUCUAUCGGUAAAGUCAUGUCGGUAUAAAAUACAAUGAAUCACGAUGUUUCGGGUGAAACACGGACGCUUGUGUUGCGCCCGAAACGUCGUGAUGUAUUUUCUUUGUACCCACGUGACUUUACCGAAAGAACCAAAGAGUAUGGAUUCCUGCAGUCACGAAAGCUUCAAAUCAAGAUCUCUGUCUCUCUCUCAUCGGUGGUGUCAAACGCCUGGUCCACACCCGAGCCAUGGGUCCCGGCAACUUGGUUCCAUGCAACGGAGAUCGCUCGCGUGUGUGUAUGUAUGUAUGUAUGCGCAACCGAUUGUGUGCAGUUGCUUGGACGAUAUAACACGUGGGUGCACUCUCUCUCUCGCCACUGCCAUCGCCUGGCCACACCUCGAAGCCCCACGCCGACAACACCCUGUGAUGGUGGUGGUGAUGGUGGUGGUGAUGGUGGCGGUGAUGGUGGUGGUGAUGGUGGUGGUCACCCAUUGAAGUGAUAACCAGGCUCAGACAUUUACGUGAUCUGACAAGAUCGUGCGCAGUCAGGGUGUCUUGAUCUUAGGCCAAGAUCAAAUCAGAUUUUUUAAAAAUAUAUAUACAGGAGGAAUCAGAUGAGCUAUAAAGCUCCUUUUCACAGAUCUCCAGUCGGUGCGGGCCAGAGCGUCACAACAGCAAUCACUACAAACACACGAUCGGAGGACAAACGAUCAAGCUAUGCUGAGGUUACUAUAAAGCCACGACAGAGAUGUCACGUGCCCCCACGCCUCGAGUGAACGCGGUGUCAGCAGGACGUUUGAUUUCACGUCGUGAAUUCGCGUCGUUUUGUCGCCGACGCUCCCUAACGGGCACUCGAAAAUUUAUCCUGCACGGUAUCCACGCCGUCGCCUUCAACCCCCCUCCCCCGCCUCCCCCGCAGGGCGAGGCGCCCGGGUUGAGAUCGCUGCCAUUGAUGUUUUGAACGACGCUUUCAAAUUUGUUUAAUUUAAAUAACGUUUCGUUAUCGUUCCAUAGUUUUUGUUUUUUUAUAAUUUGUAUUCUUAUUCGAUAAAAUACCGCAUCGAGUGUUCGUGAUCUUGCUUAAUUUAAACAAAAAAAUGUUCUAUGAUGGCACUGUAGCUUUUUUUCUUUUUAUAGCAGUGUGAGUUGCGUACGCGAAUUAGCAAUAUAUUCCGAAUUUCCGCAAUGUCACUGCUCUGAAUUGCUGUAUGCCUUGUGUAUGUCCGUCGUUGUAUAUCUGUAAAUGACACAUGUAUAAACCGCGGAAGAAGUGGUGGCCUUUAUGAACACGCAAAUUUUCCAUUAAAACAAU